AUGGGCAUCAUAUUUAGCAAUUUAUGGAAUAAAUUAUUCUCAAAAACACAAGUGAAAAUUAUCAUUGUUGGUCUAGAUAAUGCGGGCAAAACAACCAUUCUAUAUAAACUUUUGAUGAAUCAGGUCGUAACAACAACACCCACCAUUGGCAGUAAUGUCGAAGAAGUUGAAUACAAAAACUUAAAGUUCCUUAUGUGGGCCGUUAUUAUGGUCAUCGACAGUACGGACGUUGGUAGGCUUCAUUUAGCAGAGCAGGAACUACAUCAGAUGAUGGAAAGUGAUCAAUUGCAAAAUGCUAGUCUAUUAGUAUUUGCGAAUAAGCAGGAUGCAAAAGGUGCAUUAGGAGCAGCAAAAAUAUCAGAAGCCUUGGGUCUAAGCAAAUUAAAGGAUAGGCAAUGGCAUAUCCAGGCGUGCUCUGCGUUGACAGGAGAGGGUCUUUACGAAGGGCUGGAUUGGAUAGUCUUACAAUUGACAGAUUCGUAA